AACUAUCAUCAUAACACUAAUCCAAAAUCUCGGAAUUAUGUUAUAAAGACAAAUAAACAAACAAAAACCAUCACAAACGCCUUGUCGCAAAACAGUAUAAAAAGACACGAUUUUCUGAAGAGUGUAUCAAAAACCACCAACAACAGCCAAAAUGAAGAUCCUCAUCGUUCUACUAGUGAUUUUUUACACAUCCCAAGCCAUUUUACCCAGAACUGCGGUUAACGAAAAAUGGGACAAGUUUAAGCAAUCAAACACAAGACGUUUCGGCAACGCUCGAGAGGAACGCUUCAGAAAAACAAUUUUCCAUAAGAAGAUCCAAGAAAUAGAAGAUCACAACGAACGGUACAGAAAGGGUUUAGAAACCUACGAAAUGGGCGUCAACCAAUUCACCGAUUACACAGAAGAAGAACUGAUGGCGUACACCCACGGGUUGCAAGUACCUUUGGAAGAACCAGAGCCUCUGAUUCGAAUUCCAGCUAAUGGGUCUGUUUCCUCAAGAGCAGCGCUACCGGCGUCUUUCGACUGGCGUAACAGUGGCAUGGUAACGCCCGUCAAAAACCAAGGAAGUUGUGGUUCCUGCUGGGCGUUUUCAACAACCGGUGCACUCGAAUCCCACUACAAAAUUCGUUAUGGUUCCACGGUUACUUUGAGCGAACAGCAACUGGUGGAUUGUGUUCCGGAAGCUGGUGGUUGUGGUGGAGGAUGGAUGGCAGAUGCCUAUAUGUAUAUUGCAAGAAAUGGAGGAAUUAACUACGAUCGGGAUUAUCCCUAUCAAGGGUUAGAUUACUAUUGUCGGUAUAACUCUGGUAGAUCGAAAGUCAGCAUCAGAGGGUAUGCUUACUUGACCGGACCUAAUGAAGACAUGGUUAAGGAUAUGGUUGUAACUCAAGGACCGGUUUCUGUGGCUAUAGAUGCUAAUGGUCCUUUUGCUAGUUAUAGUGGUGGUGUUUACUACAACCCUUCAUGUACCACGACUACUUUCACACAUGCGGUUGUCAUUGUUGGAUAUGGUAACGAAAAUGGGCAAGAUUAUUGGUUGGUGAAGAAUUCAUGGGGUCCGAAUUGGGGGCUGGGUGGCUACAUUAAGAUGGCACGGAAUCGUAACAACAAUUGUGGGAUUGCCAGCUAUGCUAGUUAUCCUGUUUUUUGAAUUAACACAUGGUACAAAAUUAUAUAAACUAAAACUAAAACAUGUAAUAUUCAUCAUUGAAUAA